GUGCAUCACUAUCGUGAACCAUCACUGAGCUGUCGCUUUAUACUUGUACACGUAUACUCCCUCAGUCUCUCUCGCCCAUUUCGCGCCUCCGACUGUUCCGUUCACUCGAAGCUUUCGCUCUCUUCUUCCUCUGAAUGCUAGGAUGAAAGCAGGGAAGAAAAUGCAAACCUUCACACCCCACCAAUAUCCACCAUCAUCACCAAACCAGCCAUUCAAUGUUUCAGGUUUUAGGAAUUUAAAGAAAGGUCAACUUGGUGGUAUUAUAUUUGGCUGCAAGAACGACACGAUCAAAGAAUGCCUUCUUAAACAACUCUUUGGUUUGCCAUUUCAACACUUCUCCUAUGUAAAGAAUAUAGUACCAGGUCUUCCGUUGUUCUUAUUCAACUACAGCGACAGAAAACUCAAUGGUAUCUUUGAGGCUGCAGGCACUGGCCAACUGAAUAUUAAUCCAUAUGCGUGGACAUCAAAUGGUUCAGAGAGAACACAAUUUCCUGCCCAGGUUCCAGUACGGGUCCGGCUGCAAUGUCAACCACUGUUAGAAGAUCAGUUUAAGCCUAUAAUUUUGGACAACUAUUAUGGUCAGAAUCAUUUCUGGUUUGAGCUUGAUCAUGCUCAAACCAGUAAAUUAAUCUCUAGACUGUCUUCUCAAGUAACUGGUCCAAGUAGCAUCAGUCCACGGACUGCAACAAGUAGGAUGAAUAUAUUCAAUGGUUUCAAGCUGCCAGGUCCAGAAAAUGGUUUUGCCAACUCUUGUGAGUCUACUGGGGCAUUAGUAACUAAAGAUUCUCUUCAUCUGAAUGGUGAUAACCCGAAAGGGGAGGUGUCUGGAGGUACUUUAGCAGAGCUAGGCGAAAAGGACCUAAUGUACAUGAAACUAAAGGAAUUGGCCAUUAAUCUUGCAUGCUCAGACGCCCCUGUGACAGGACAAGCAGUUGAAAGUGCUGCUCUGAUGGAAAGUGAUUCCAGAUAUGAGGCUGUGGAGCAUGACACUUCUCAAGAGCCAAAUGCAGUUUUAGAGGAUUUGGAUGAGAAGAACGACAAAAGCUCAUUUGACUCAACUUCUUAUCCUUCAGUCAUAGCUCAGUUGGUUCAAGGAAUGGAAGAAUUCAAGGCUUUUAAGGAAACACAUAAACUGAAGGUGGAUUGUUUGGAGAAGAAACUGGCUGAAGCAGAAGAAGAGAUUCAGCAACUAAAAAGUAGAUGUGUGAUGUUGGAGUCGGUCUCUACUCCUUUAAUGGUACACGCUGAUGAGACAAUGAGUCAGACAGUUGGACUGGACCUGGUCACUGAGGAGUCUAUAUAUUUAGUUGGGGGAUAUGAUGGUGAAACAUGGUUAUCAGCACUAGAUUUAUAUUCUCCUUCACCUAAUGUAAUAAAGUCUCUUCAACCCAUGAACUCUGGUCGAUCUUAUGCUUCAGUUACAAAGCUGAAUGGAGAAAUUUAUGUGCUUGGUGGCGGAACUGGGCCAACUGGCUGUGUGUGGCAUGACACAGUGGAAUCAUAUGACCCAGCAAAGAACUUGUGGACUUUGCACCCUUCUUUGAAAGCGAAAAAGGGUAGUAUGGCUAGUGCUACUUUGAAUGAUAAGAUCUUUGCCAUUGGCGGUGGAACUGGACAUGACUGCCUUUCUGACGUUGAAAUGUAUGAUUUACAAGUUGGACGAUGGAUUACUACACGGUCAAUGCUGAAGAAGCGAUUUGCUCUUGCUGGGGCUGAACUCAAUGGUGCCUUGUAUGCUGUUGGUGGAUAUGAUGGAAGCAACUAUUUGAAGUCUGCUGAAAGAUUUGACCCCAGAGAACAUAGUUGGACCAAGAUUAAGAGUAUGAAUACUGAAAGAGGAUGUCAUGUGUUGGUUGCGAUGGAUGGAAAAUUAUACACAUUGGGUGGAUAUGAUGGGUCUGCAAUGGUGGCAAGCACUGAAGUAUAUGAUCCUCGUCUUGGGAAAUGGAUGGCAGGAGAGCCGAUGAAGCAUUGUAGGGGAUAUUUCGCAGCUGCUGCUCUAAAUGACACGAUUUUUGUCAUUGGAGGGGUUAAAUCAGGAGAUGACAUAACGGACACGAUUGAAGUUUAUAAGGACGGCCAAGGCUGGCAAGAAAAGAGCUCGGGCACAAUAGGAAGAAGGUGCUUUGCAUCAGCCAUAGUUCUUUGAGGGGAUUCUUGAAAACCUCCUGUGAAUUAUAGAAAAGCUGAUCGAACACAAACCAUCUGAGAUUAUGAUGGAAUGAAAUCUGCGAAUUUAAAGCGCAAUUUUGUCAUAUCACACCUGAGACUAUUGUGUGAUUUUUUGAGGCUUUUGGUAAGCCUAUCACUGAAAUGUAGGGUGCCAAUACUAGACUAAA